AUGAACCUUAAAAAAAUGAAAACAUUUCUUGUUUGCUGCUUGAUUUUAAUAAUCAUUUGCACUGUCUCAUCAUUGCAAGAAGAUGUCAAAUCUAUCAUUAAGACAAUAGCAGGUCAAGGCGUAUGUGAUGGUAUAUCAGCAACCUCAGCUUCAUUGAAUGGUCCAUCGUCCACUGCAAUUAAUUCAUUGGGUGAGGUAUAUAUUGCAGAUAAAAGUCAUCAUAGAAUUCGUAAAGUUUAUAAUAAUGGUACAAUAGUUACAAUUGCAGGAACAGGUAUUGCAGGAUAUAAUGGUGAUGGUAUUGAUGCAACAACAGCUCAAUUGUUUAGUCCAUAUGGUAUUGGUAUUGAUUCUAAAGAUUUGGUGUAUUUUUCUGAUUCUAGCAAUCAUAGAAUUCGUAAAAUACUUUCGAAUGGUACUAUUGUAACAAUUGCAGGUAUAGGCUCAAACGGUUUUUCAGGAGAUGGUGGUUUGGCAACGAAGGCUAAAAUUUAUCUCCCCUUUGGUCUUACUAUUUCUCCUAAUGAUGAUGUAAUUUUUGCUGAUGUUAAUAACAAUAGAAUUAGAAAGAUUUCUGCUACUUCUGGUAUUAUUACUACAAUUGCUGGAAAUAAUAAUCAAGGUUACAAUGGUGAUAACAUUCAGGCUACAAGUGCAUAUUUGUAUCUUCCAUAUGCAUGUGCAGUUACUCCAUCCGGUAAACUUAUUAUUUCUGAUUCGAAUAAUAAUAGAAUUAGAACGGUUAAUUUGAAUGGAGUUAUAACAACCAAUGCUGGUAUUGGUAGCAAUGAUCCAGGAUAUAAUGGAGAUUACAUUAAUGCAACAAGUGCUAAAAUCAAUACCCCUGCUGGUGUUUCUGUUGCUACUAACAAUGAAGUUUACUUUGUUGAUUCACUGAAUAAUAGAAUACGUAAAAUACUUUCUAAUGGAACUAUCAUUACAGUUGCAGGAACUG